AAAAGAAAGUAAAAGUCAAAGCAAGCAUACAAUAAGAGAUAAGGGUAAAAAGAUAAAUAAUCAAAACCACUUAUCCAAUAUUUGUCUUUCUAAUUCCUCAAAAUGAGGAUACCAUCUAAUUUAUUCAAAUGCAAGUGGCUUGAGGGCAGAAGAUGGCUUGCACCCAUAAUUUAUAUAAUCUUACAGGCAGUCUUUAUGGUUUUACUAAAUUAUACUAGUAAAUUUUUUAGUCGAGAGGAUGGUAUAGUGUUAGUAUUAUUUUGGAUAUUUUGGCCCUUCAGUGUAAUCUUAUAUUAUAUAAUUGUUUUUAGAAACCCAGGAUAUGUGCGAUAUGUAGAUAAAUGCUCUCCUCAUCCAUUCAAAUAAACUUCCUACCAAUUAGAUGGCUCUAUAUUAAAUAGCAAAGAUAUUUAGGGUAACUAGGCACCUUAAAUAAAUCUCUAAUAAACCUUAAGUGGCGUUGGUAAUCUUAAAUUAAAUAAGAAAGAACUGGUUUCUAUUAUAAAAAGCUAAUCGAUUAAAUAAAAUCAGGCAAAUAUUUAGUAAUUGCAGCUUCAGUAAUAGCACCAGCUAUCGCAACAACUUUCUACUAUGAAUUAAAAUGUAAACUAAGCAAAUUUUAGUAAAUCAUAGCUACAUGAUGAGUUUCAGUCUGAAAUGAUUUCAUAACCACAUUUAAAUGCAAAUGCAGCAACUUAAGAAUAAGCAAAUAACACAAACCCAAAUGUGAAAGAAGUCAAUCAUAAUAUAAACAGUACAUCCUUUCAAUAUAAUCCGUUACAACAUACUUAUUAAAAUAAUGCUCAAGGAUUACCUCCUAGUUUAUACUAAAUAGCAUCUUAAUUACAUAAUUAAGGUAUCAAUAUCAGUAUUAAAAAUAGUUAGGGAUAAAAUAUAAAAAAUUCUUAAUUUAAUAACUACAACUCUGCUAUCAGCUAAAUAGAUGGAAAUUAAUUUUCAAUUUAAGGAUUUAAAUAAAAUGUAAAUUUAGAAGAAGAGUAAUAAAUAAAUAGUAGCGUAUUUAGACCUUGCUAAUAAUAAAAUGAGAUGGCAAAUCAAAAUUAAGAUAAAAGUUGUAAUGCUUAUGAUAUAAAUUAAAAGGAAAUUUUGUAGAAUAUAGCAUUAAAUAACUAAAUAAGCACAUCAUAGUAGCCAUAAACUAGUCAUUUUUAUAUAGGACCAAAUAUCAAUCAAUAUUAUUAAACUUCUCACACUGAUUUAACAAGCAUGAAUGGAAAUACAUAAAAGAAUAUUUUUAAAUACUAAGUUAGUGAUGAAAAUGAAGGAGGAAGUUCUAAUUUUCUUCCUACUAACGGAUUACAAUAACUUGCUUCUAAAAUGCACAAUAACCAAGCUAAGAUGAGUGAAAUACCUAAGGAGGAUUCUUAUCGAUAUAUUUAAAACAGUAUUAAAGCUACUCUUUCAGAGUUUGGAAAACCAACAAAAUAAAGUUAAAAAAUUACGUAAACUGAAAAUAAUGGAGAAACAGAGGUGUGCCCUGAUACAAAUGUUUUUAUAGGAGGCGAGUCAGAAGGUGGCAUAACAGUAAUGUAGGCCAUGCAAAUGUAUUAAAUGGGAUUAGAUCCUAAUCAAUAUUUUAACUACGAGUUAGGAUAAGAGCUUGAUAUGGAUGAGGAAUCAGAUAGAGUUUAGAGCUUUAGAGAAAAUUCAGAAAGUGUUCAAAGUUAGUAAAUAUGCUUAGACGAUCUUAAAGACGAGGAGGAAGAAGAAGAAGAAAAGUAAGAUGAAUCAUGUCAAAAUAAAAAAUAAUUGAAUGAUGAAGAUGCUUAUAAUGGGGAUAGCUAAGAUAUUGACGAACAUGCGAAAAAUAAUCUAAAUGAAUAUCAGUCCAGUAAUGCUAUAAAUAAAGAACAAUUAAAAGCACUUAAAAAGAAGAUUGUAAGCACUGCGCUUUCUAUAGUAGAAAAAUAGGAACAAAAAUAUUAAGAUUAAAUGUAAUAAUAGAAAUAAGUUUAAUUUGAUUCAGGAAAUGAUUAGUCAAAUGGAGAGCACCUUGAAGAAUUUGCUAGUCCAAAAAAAAUUAAACAAAAAAUAUCUUUUUCUCCUAACAUAGAAUAAAACCUCUUUGUAGAUGGUUCAGCUUAAAUUAAUUCAGAGCAACAUGAAUGUGAACAAAAAGCAACAGGAUUAAGCCCAUCUAAAUCCACCCCUACUUUAAAUUAAAAGCAGUAAAAAGGAAUAAUGAAAUAACAUUAAUUGUAUAAAGUUAACGAAAAUUAAGAUAAUAUGCAUAAAAUGCUUUAGUUGAGUCUUCAUAAUAGCUUAGGAUCUUAAAAUAAUUAUUUUUAAUACGACAUAAAUAACUUUAGUCAUUUAAAUGACGCAGUCAUAACCAAGUACAAUAUCUCGUUCGGAAGAAAUUUUAAAGAGGAAUUGCAGAAUCAUGAAAAUGAUGAUAACUUAAAUAAAAGAGAUGUGGAUGGUUAGAUUUAGGGAAUAAAAGUAAAUUCUCUACAAUCUUGCAAUAUAAUAAGUAGUGGAAGAGAUCAUAAUUCAAGUUACUUGGCAUCUAUAUAAAGUGAAUCUCAUCAAAGUCCUACUUAAUAAAGUUCUAAUAAAAAUAAGUAGCUAAAUAUAUAAUAUGUUUUAGAAUUUUAGCACCAAGGUGGUGUUUACUUUAAGGAAAGAGAGAGAGUUUCUCCUUAAAGGAUAUCUCAAUCACCUAAUUAUCAUGAAGGGAUCGCAUUUUUUUAGUAAAACUACAGCAAUGAAGGUAUUAAAGAAUAAGAUUUGCUUUCUCCAAUUCAGUUUAUAGACCAAUAGUAACAAUAAAAACAAUAAUAAUAUAAUUUUUAGAGUCUUAUCUAGAAGAAGCUUUCUUUUAAUACUCCUGAUCCACAUAAUCUUGCACAGCAGUAAGAUGAUUAUCUUGAUGAUGAAGCUUCUUAUAGAGAUUAAAAGUUAAGAUACUAAUAAGACUUAUAAGGGAAAGCUCUUUUUAAAAACGAAAACCCAAAUUCUAUCAAUAAUUCAAAUUAUGAUCCAAACUUUGAACAUGAGUUUAUCUACUCUGCUCUUUCUUCAAAUAAACUUCUCAACUCAUACAACCACUCUCGAAAAAACAGUAAUUAUUUUAACUCUCAAUAAAAGGGUAAAGGUACCCUCAAUAAUUCAUAGAGAGAUCCAUCAUUUUCAGAAUUUGUUGGAAACCUUGGAAUAGUAAAAAAAGGAAUCAUUUAAAACACAAGUAACAUCACUUUCAAAAAUAAUUAAAAUAAUGAAACUACCAUGGAUGAGGAUAAAAAUAUUACACAGCUGCUAAAUAGCCCUGUGUUAAAGAAGAAGAGUAAAUCAUAUUAAAAUCAAGAAUCAAAUUUAGUUCAAAAUAGAUAGCAACAUGCAUCUGGUGUCUCUACAUCUAAAAAUAGUUAUUUCAUAGAAAAUACAUUCGAACCACAACAUCGCAGCUCAAGUACAGCUUCUUACAAAAAAGGAAAGGCCAUUUAAUAUUUUUAAAGCAAUUAAAAACUAAAAUAAAAUAAUCUAAUUUUAAACAAUUGUUUUGGUGUUGAAUAAAACCAAAAUUAAAAUUUUGAAAAUCAAUUUGAAUAGCAGCAACCUAUUGAAGAAUGCAAUCAAUAACAUUAAGCAGAUACUUAGGACAAAGAGAUACAAGAAGAAAAUGAUCAAAUCAUAGAAUAAUAAGAAAAUUUAGUUAACGUCAAUAAGUGCAAGGAUAGCUUAAAUAAUUUAAAUUACCAUUCUAAUGAAUUGGGAUAAGAAUAAAAUGAUGAACGCCAUAAAAUACCAGAUAGUUUGUCAUUUACUAAUUAAUUAUUGUAACCAUUAAGCACUAACACAAAUGUUAAUUUGACUCUAACAGAUAAUAAAAUUGCUAAUAACUUGCAGAAUACAAAUACUACUAAAAGCUGUUUCACUGAAUCAUCGCCUAAUUAAAUAUCUCCCUAAUAAAGAGCAUCUUUAAUUGGAUUUCAAAACAAAGAUCUUCAAUUUUUAACUAAAAAAUGUUCUAAUACAGUGGCUAAAUAUAGCUAAUCAAGUAUAAACUCUAAUUAAAAUAACUACAUAGCUUCUAAUCCUUAAAAACAAUCACCUUCCUAAAUAAACUACUCUUUCAAAGACAGAUCUGGAUCUGUAAAGUUAGCUAAUAAUACAAACUAAAGCGCAUAAUAGUGCAAUAAUUUUAAUGAUGAUGCAUCUUAAGAAAACGUAAAGUUUAAUUCCUCACCUUAUAAACAAAAAAGUUUUAUAGACUAAGGUUCACAUCAUGGAAUUUUUUCAAGAGAGGAACUAUAAAUAUUCUCCAACGAAUAAAUUGAAGGAAGUGUGCAAACAAAACUUUAAUUAAAAACUUAAACCUAAUCAAAUAUAAUCGAUAAAUAAAAUAACUUAGAAACUGAAGCUGGAAGUGCUUCUAACAUCUAUCAUUUAUAGAAAAAGGAAUCAAGAAACAAUCCCACAUAUUAACAACCCAUAUUAAAAUAAAAUCACUCAAAUUUAAUUAGUAAAAGUGUAGCAUUUGCUCCUCAAGGUUCAAAUUCAUAAAUACAAAAUUUUUAAGCUGCCUAAUUGCAAUCAGGCUAAUUUAUUUCUCAUAUUAUUGGAAGCACAAAAGAAGGUUCGUCCCUUUAAUAAUAAAAGCUUACCUAAUAUUCAAGCUAAUUGAGUAAUUAGAACUAUGUAAAUGCCUAGAUCGCUCUUUACUCGCCCUCAGCAAAAUCCAAUCUAACAAUCUAAAAUGCUGCUGGAAUGAGCUUCUUCAAAAAUAAUCAAACAAAUUUAUCAAACGAAUCUUUCAAUUAAACAAACACUUAAUGUCCAAAUCCGCUAACUCCCUCUUCUAAUAGUAACAAUAAUCCAAACAAUUUAAAUACCUAAAAAGAUUUAUAAAAUAUAAAUGCAUAAAUCAUUAAUCAUGAAUCUUUUACCCCAAAUCACAUUUCCACGAUAAAAAGAAACAGCAGUAACGCAAAUUACUUUCACAAACUAUCAACUGGAAUGAGAAAUACAAUGAACACUGUACCAAACAUAGUUUAUACCACUCAAGGCAAUACCAGCUAGACUCAAAAUAACCCAAAUCUUAAAAAUACAAUUUCAAUCAACAAUAAUAACAACAACAAUACAAAUAACAAUAACAACAAUAAUGAAAACAUAACAAUUACUAACUAUACAGCUCCUUACUUUUUUGAAAAGAGAUAUUGUAAAUAUUGCUAUAUAAACUAGCCGACUCGCUCAAAGCAUUGUCUUAUAUGCAAUAGAUGCAUAUCUACCUACGACCACCAUUGCCCAUGGAUAGGUGUUUGCAUAGCUUAAAGAAAUCAUUUAUUUUUUUUCUUCUUCAUAAUUUGUUAAAAUGUAGUAAGCACCUUAACUAUCAUUGAGUUUAUUCACUUUCUAGCAGAGAAAGUUAAUUGGAAGAUAUAAUCAGAUGUUAUUUUAGCAGUAUUUAGUAUAAUUUCAACUUUCUUUUUAGUUUAUAUAUUUGGAAUGACAAUUCUUUUAGUGGCUUAGCAUACCUACUAUAUCUUAUUCAAUUUGACUACAUGGGAAUUUUACUCUUGGGAAAAAAUUACAUAUUUAAAAGAUUUGCCUCGUAAAUUCGGAAGUCCCUUUUCUUUAGGAAUUUUAAAAAAUAUUAAACAUAGAAUAAUUUCAACAUUUUCUUCAGAUACUUAUGAGUGGUAAAUAAAUAAGCUUAGGUUACCUCCUUAAAAUAAUAUAAUAACAAAUUAGCCUUGA